GGAACGUCUAUCAGAGGAGUGUGGAGCCUCGCUGACAGAUCAACUGAAAAUCCUUCAUCAAAACCAACUUGAACAUCUGAAUCAACAUGAGAGAGUGCAUCUCCAUCCACGUGGGCCAGGCAGGUGUGCAGACAGGAAAUGCAUGCUGGGAGCUCUUCUGCCUGGAGCACGGCGUCGGGCCUGAUGGCGUCUUCCUGGAGAAUCAAACAGAACCGAACAGUCGUGAAGACCCUUUCAACACAUUCUUCAACACUGGCAGUUCUGGGCGCCAUGUUCCCAGAGCCAUUUAUGUAGACCUGGAGCCCACGGUGGUCGAUGAGGUGAGGGUUGGGAGGUACAGAGAGCUUUUUCAUCCUGAGCAGCUGAUCUCUGGGAAGGAGGAUGCAGCCAACAACUACGCCCGUGGUCAUUACACUGUGGGGAAAGAUAUCAUUGAUGGCGUCAUGGAGCGGAUUCGUAAAAUGACGGACCAGUGCACCGGCCUGCAGGGUUUCCUCGUCUUCCACAGCUUCGGAGGAGGAACCGGCUCAGGCUUCACCUCUCUGCUCAUGGAGCGCCUGUCUGUUGAUUAUGGGAAGAAGUCAAAGCUGGAGUUUGCUGUCUACCCAGCCCCACAGGUGUCCACAGCUGUGGUUGAGCCCUACAACGCCAUCCUGACAACCCACACCACCUUAGAGCACUCCGACUGUGCCUUCAUGGUGGACAACGAGGCCAUCUACGACAUCUGUCGCCGCAACAUGGACAUCGAGAGUCCUGGUUACAUCAACCUUAACAGACUGAUCGGUCAGAUUGUUUCCUCAAUCACUGCAUCACUUCGCUUUGAUGGUGCCUUGAAUGUGGAUCUCAUGGAGUUCCAGACCAACCUGGUCCCAUUUCCACGUAUCCACUUCCCUCUGGUCACCUAUGCACCCAUCAUUUCUGCGGAGAAGGCGUACCAUGAGCAGCUGACUGUGGCAGAGAUCACCAGCGCCUGCUUUGAGCCAACCAAUCAGAUGGUCAAGUGUGAUCCUCGCCACGGCAAAUACAUGGCGUGCUGCAUGCUGUAUCGAGGUGAUGUUGUCCCGAAGGACGUCAACGCUGCCAUCGCAAACAUAAAGACCAGGCGCUCUAUUCAGUUCGUCGACUGGUGCCCCACUGGAUUCAAGGUUGGCAUAAAUUACCAACCCCCCACUGCAGUCCCUGGUGGAGACCUGGCCAAAGUUCAAAGAGCCGUGUGCAUGCUGAGCAACACCACUGCCAUCGCCGAGGCCUGGUCUCGUCUGGACCACAAGUUUGAUCUCAUGUAUGCCAAGCGAGCGUUCGUCCACUGGUACGUGGGUGAGGGCAUGGAGGAGGGAGAGUUUGCAGAGGCCAGAGAGGACCUGGCCUGUCUGGAGAAGGAUUACGAAGAGUUGGGCUGUGCAAGCUACGACUCUGAGGACGAUGACGGGCAAGAGUACUGAACCUCUGGGCCAAAUGCUGCACUGCUAUGAU